GUUAGAUGCCGAGGAGAUCUCGCUCGUCAGUCGUGCGGUGGCCGUCGUACCGAGCGUUACGGUCCUCGGCGUCACAGCGUCUCGGGAACGAUCUCCGCUCCGUUUUCCUGUCUCUGUCUCUGCCUCUUCCGUCCUCGUUGCACGGAUCAGUCAGCUCGCGAAAUUGCGUCUCACUUCGCCGACAUUCCGUCUCUCGUUCGCUGGAGUCCGAUUGAUCCUCCCCGAUGGGCCCUGAUCGAGAAGCGGAGUGCGUUCGCUCGACAUCGUCGACGAGGAGAUAGUGAUGCGCGGGGUUUUGUAAUGGCACGUAUUGGAGCGCGGAUCGAGGAGUCUGCACGGGACAUCAACGUCGGGCGAAUAGAAACGGAGCGCGUCUCCCUGAUCGGAAGUAUGCCGGUUGCUGUAGCGGGACGCGAUAUUAAUUUGCCGGCGAAUCACCGUAAGCGGAUAACAUUCUGAUACAGGGUCGAUGCCUGUUAAGCUAUUACAUCCCGGUAAUCAUCGGUAAUCGUUCUGAAAAAGUGAACCCAGUUGGAGGUACAGAAUUUCGAGAACAUUACGAACAGUAAAAUAGCUUAAUCCCUCGGCUGCAAAAAACGUACGGUAAAAAUCGUAGUGGGGAGUACUCGCGUCGCGUUGAAUGAGCAAUUUUCCCUCUUAUUAAUUAAACCGAGUGAUUCCAGUGUAAGCCAUUUUGGAAAUUGAAAUUGGAGCUACGUGAUAAUAAUCGCCGAAAUUUGCUACCAACGAACCAAUCGUCGUCGAGCUUUGGUGGGCGUUUGACGUCCGAGCGUUAAAAUAUUACAAUCGUUUGCCGUUUUAACCGAUUAACCGAGUCCAAGUGAACUUCGUAUCGCGAAAUUCGAGCGACACGUUUGGUGAGACUUUCGUUAGAUCUGCGUGCGGUAACACGAACGACAAUCGACGACGCGACGCUGUCGCGCGACGUGUAAUGAUUAGGAAACAGAGAACCGGUACCAAGCGCAGGCAACGAGUUCACUAAAGAUGCGUGGGCUCGUCGAUGGUCGGCUCGAAGAUCCCGGGAGAAGAUCGCUGUUGUUGGUCUGUUGCUGCCUGCUGGUGCCGGUGUACCACGUGCUCGCCGUGACCAGCGAGCUGCCGCCGAGGCUCGAUCUGCCCGACCAUUGUUCGUGGGAUUCGCGUCAGGAUGGCGCGCUCACCUGCGUGCAUCGCUACGCGGGCAACGACUCGCUCAGGACGAACUUUUCUCAGGCCACGAGCGAAUACGUGACUUCCAUGAACGUCGUCUGCGAGGAAGACGAGGGCGGCGUACUCAGCGUGGACAGUCUUCUCCACUUGUGGCGGUUGCGUUCGUUGAAGUUGACCGGAUGCAAGCUGGUACACUGGCCGGCCAAGAUACUCAGCGGCCUGCGCGACCUUCGUAAUCUGACCGUUAGAACGCUGAACGGGCGGAAAACUAAAUACAGUUUGGAGCUAGAGAGCGGCGCUUUCGACAACACGCCGCAGAUCGAGAAGCUCGAUUUAUCGUGUAACAACAUCUGGCAGAUACCGGACCGCUUGUUUUGCCCCCUGUCGAACUUGGUAACUCUGAACAUCUCGUGGAACACGCUGAAGGACAUCUCGGAGCUCGGGUUCCGAGAUGCCGGCGACAGACCGUCGAGACGCCAGCAGGAAUCCACGUCAGCUCCACUCCCAUGUUCCCUGGACGUGCAAUCGCUGGACGUGUCGAACAAUCAGAUCCCCGUGCUGCCUAGUUACGAAUUCUCGUCGUUGAAGCGCCUCAGAGUAUUGAACUUAUCGAGCAACGCGAUCUCGAUGGUAACCGACGAUGCACUGCACGGACUUCGGUCCCUGGAGAGCCUCGACCUGUCCGGAAACAGAAUCGUCGCUCUACCGACGGGAAUGUUUCGGGAUGCGGCCAAGUCAUUGAAGGAACUGAGAUUGCAAAACAAUUCCAUCAGCGCGCUGUCACCUGGCUUGGUGGCCGGUAUGAAUCAACUGGUCGCCCUCGACUUAUCGAGAAACGUCCUGAUCAGCUCAUGGCUGAGUUCGGCAACGUUCUCCGGUCUGAUACGUCUCGUGCUUCUGAACUUGUCUCAUAAUCGAAUCAGCAAGCUGGACCCGGCGCUUUUCAAAGACCUUUACACGCUGCAGAUCUUAAAUCUGCAGUUCAAUGAGAUAGAGAUGAUACCGGCGGACACCUUCUCACCGAUGAGCAAUCUGCACACCCUCGAACUCGCUCACAAUCGUUUGACUUAUCUCGACGCGUAUUCUCUGAACGGAUUAUUCGCGCUCUCGCUGCUGGCCUUGGACUCCAACUUGCUCGAGGGAAUUCAUCCGGACGCCUUUCGGAAUUGCUCGAGCAUGCAAGAUUUAAACCUGUCCGGUAACAAUCUCGAGAGCAUACCGGUGGCGCUAAAGGACAUGAGGAUACUGCGCACCCUCGAUCUGGGCGAGAACCGGAUCAGGAGCCUGAAUAAGCCAGGUUUCCGAGGCAUGUCACGCCUGUACGGACUGAGAAUGAUCGGUAACGAUAUCACCAACGUCACGCAGGAGGAUCUCGCGGAAUUGCCGGCGUUGCAGAUCUUAAAUCUGGCCAGGAACAGAAUCGAAUUCGUGGAGGACGGCGCGUUCGCCGCCAAUCCGGCGCUGCAGGCGAUCCGAUUGGACUCGAAUUCGUUGCAGGACAUGUCCGGUAUCUUCGCGAGCGCUCCCGGUCUCCUGUGGCUGAACAUGUCCGACAACAUGAUCACGCAGUUCGAUUACAGCUACCUGCCGGAGAAAUUACAGUGGAUGGAUCUGCAUAAAAAUUAUAUCGCGGACCUCGGCAUCGCGCCACGGGGUAUGAAAUUGCAGACGCUCGACGUGUCGUUUAACCGGCUAACGAGGAUACACUCGCGGUCGAUUCCAGAUUCCAUCGAGCUCCUGUUCGUCAAUGAUAACCAGAUAUCCUCGGUGGAGCCGCAGACGUUCUUCGCGAAGAUGAAUCUCACUCGUGUGGAUCUCUACGCGAACAUGAUCGUCAAGAUGAACCUCUCGGCGUUUCAACUCACUCAGGUGCCACCUAAUAGGCAACUUCCGGAGUUCUACAUCGGCGGAAAUCCCUUUAUAUGCGACUGCACCACAGAAUGGCUGCAGAGGAUCAAUUCGCUGGCGCUGAGGCAGCACCCGAGGGUGAUGGAUCUCGAGUCCGUUUAUUGUAGACUUCCUUACGACCGUCACAAGUCGUUCAUACCACUGCUGGAGGCCAAACCUUCCCAAUUCCUGUGCACUUACAAAGCGCACUGCUUCGCCCUGUGCCACUGCUGCGACUUUGACGCCUGCGACUGCGAAAUGACGUGCCCGACGAAUUGCACGUGUUACCACGAUCAAUCCUGGUCGGCGAACGUCGUCGACUGCUCGAGCUCGGGCUACAAAACCCUGCCGGGUCGAUUGCCAAUGGACGCGACGGAGGUUUAUCUCGACGGGAACAAUUUCGGUGAAUUGAAUUCUCACUCGUUCAUCGGCCGCAAGAACCUGCGAAUCCUCUACGCGAACGACAGCAACAUCAUCGCGAUCCGCAAUCACACUUUCAGCGGUCUGAAGCGGCUGCUCGUGCUCCAUCUGGAGAACAAUAAGAUAAGCGUGCUCAACGGCGUGGAGCUGAUGCCGUUGGAGAAUCUGAAGGAGCUCUAUCUGCAGAACAAUCUGCUGACGUACAUCGAUAACGGCACGUUUCUGCCGCUACGUCAGCUGGAGGUGCUGCGUCUGGAGAACAAUCGGCUCGCCGCGUUCGCCCUUUGGCAGCUGGGACAGAAUCCGUACCUGGUCGACAUCGGGCUGUCCAGCAAUCCGUGGAACUGCGAGUGCUCGUAUUUGGACCGCGUGCGGGAGUGGAUGUCCCGUAACCGGGCGAAGAUCAACGACUGGCGGAGCGUCACCUGUUCCCUCGGCGUGCCCAUAACUCUGCCGGCGAACGGAUCGGUCAUAAAUUGCGCGGCGUUAACGGGCACGACCUCCGUCGUCGAGAUGCGACCGCUCGAGGCUUAUCUACCGCUGCUGCUGGCCACGGUUCUGAUCUUCGUGAUGGUUGCGUUGGUAUGCGGCGCCUUCCGGCACCGCCGUACCCUGAGGACCUGGGCGGCGAGCAGGUGCGGUUUACGGGCCUGCUACAAAACCGCCGCCUUCGAGGACCAGGAGAAGCCGUUCGACGCUUACAUCUCGUACUCCGCGGUUGACGAGGCGUUCGUCUCGACGAUUCUCGUGCCGGGGCUCGAGACCUCGUACAGGCUGUGUUUACACUAUCGCGAUCUUGGCGCCGGCAGCAACGUGGCCGACGCCGUGGCCGAGGCGGCCGACUCCUCGAGGCGCACCAUCCUCGUACUGUCAAAGAACUUUCUGCAUGGCGAGUGGUCCAGAUUCGAGUUCAAGGCGGCCCUAAGGGACGCUCUCAAGGGUAAGGGCCGCUCGGUGAUUUUGCUUCUGGUGGGCGGUGUGUGCCCGCGCGAUCUCGACGCCGAUCUCAAAAAGAGAAUUUCGUCGCACACCGUGCUCGUAUGGGGGGACAAGUUAUUCUGGCAAAAGCUGAGGUUCGCCAUGCCGGACGUGUCCCCUGUUCCCGUUCUCGAGAGACCCCUGCCGCUGCCGCCGCCGCCGCCACCCCCGAUGCACCAUCAAUGGACGUAGAGCUGUCGUUAUUUAGAUGUGAACUGUUCCCAAGAGUAUUAUUGAAUCGCGUUACGUAAGGAGUAGCCGGAGAUCGCAAUGAGGAAGGACUCCUGACUAUCGCGACUUUUCUCUCUACUUAUUAUCAGAAGCAUUUCUUACUAUUGCAAUGUACCCGUAACACGGUGUCCGAAUAAAUAAGCGGUUAUUCGUAUUUUUGAGAAUCGUGAUAGCUUCGUAGUGUGCAAAUGUAAUUAGCGCGUGAAACCAGAAAAAAAAGAACAUUGGAGCAUACUACCUGUAACUCGUAUUGCAACGAAGUAACGUUUUUUCCCCUCUUUCUACUCGACGAUAGUUUAAUCAUCGACGAUCGAUUCAUUAAAGUUCUUCGGUAAAUUCUCUUGUUUGAUCGAAAACGGAGAUCAAUGUACAUAGCGAGAGUUUUGUAUAUUUGUAAUAUAGAUAGGGCAUUUUAUUAUAUAUAUAUAUAUAAACACAAUAAAGUUAUUUAUAUAUAUUUUAAUCACAAGAGCAGAGCGUAUACUUCUUUCUCUCAUCCUAGCACACUUUGCGCGAUUCGCCGCCAUCGCCCGCAUCUCAUUGUUCCGUUGAGCGGCGGGGCGGCCGAAAGACUUAUCUAAAAUUCUAUCAACCGUUGUGUAUAAUGUAUAUCCGUUUGUACAAAGUUGUGCGCGCGAGCGCGUGCACGCGCGGGAACAUUAAUAUCAUUAACGUCAGCGUAACGCGACGACCGACCGACCGAUUUGUUCGUUCGUAGGUUUGAAUGGUCGACUCCUCCGCUUCGCAACGGGCAGCAUCGACGAAGAGUCGGCGCCAGAAGCAUUAAAUAUUAUUACACCCUGCAUUAUAUUCGCCAUCGCACUCCGGCGCCCGCGUCGAUGAUUAAUAGGGAUACUCCGCGUAGCGUGACGUCGAGUAAUAUGUGCGCAUUGUAAUAAUAAAGCGGUACGAGAGGCAUGAAUUCGCGGAUGGGUUAAUUAGUACAAAUUACUGCGGUAUCAAUUCUCGCCUACCGUUGCAAGCAGUCCGGCCUGGCGUGGCAGCGAACGGUAAAUUAAUUCCAUUUAAGUCGCGUCUUGCGCGACGCGAGCACCGACCGAAGCCGAGACUCUGUAUAAAUAUUAGCUUUCUGUUAUACAUCGAUGUACCAUAAUUGUAUGAAAAAAAAGAAAUUAAAUGUUUUCCCUCUGUAAAUGUGGCUCCCAGACGGGCCGCGGCUACAUUAAAGGAGACUAUUUGCGUUUCGCAAUAAAAAGGCUGAAGUGACAA